CUGCUGCCGAGGCCGCGCCCCCCGCCUCUGCCACCGCCGCCGCCGCCGCGGCCACCGCUGUCGUAGCCCCGACCUCGACGGUCGCCGUGGCCCCCGUCGUGUCUGCCCUGGAGAAGAAGACAAAGAGCAAGGGGCCCUAUAUCUGCGCCCUGUGCGCCAAGGAGUUCAAGAACGGCUACAAUCUCCGGAGGCACGAGGCCAUCCACACGGGAGCCAAGGCCGGCCGGGUCCCCGCGGGCGCUAUGAAGAUGCCCACCAUGGUGCCCCUGAGCCUCCUGAGCGUGCCCCAGCUGAGCGGAGCCGGCGGGGGAGGGGGCGAGGCGGGCGCCGGCGGAGGAGCGGCCACGGUGGCCGCAGGCGGCGUGGUGACCACCACCGCCUCGGGAAAGCGCAUCCGGAAGAACCACGCCUGCGAGAUGUGUGGCAAGGCCUUCCGCGACGUCUACCACCUGAACCGACACAAGCUGUCGCACUCGGACGAGAAGCCCUACCAGUGCCCGGUGUGCCAGCAGCGCUUCAAGCGCAAGGACCGCAUGAGCUACCACGUGCGCUCACAUGACGGCGCUGUGCACAAGCCCUACAACUGCUCCCACUGUGGCAAGAGCUUCUCCCGGCCGGAUCACCUCAACAGUCACGUCAGACAAGUGCACUCGACAGAACGGCCAUUCAAAUGUGAGAAAUGUGAGGCAGCUUUUGCUACGAAGGAUCGACUCCGGGCACACACAGUACGACACGAGGAGAAGGUGCCAUGUCAUGUGUGUGGCAAGAUGCUGAGCUCGGCUUAUAUUUCGGACCACAUGAAGGUGCACAGCCAGGGCCCUCACCAUGUCUGUGAGCUCUGCAACAAAGGCUUCACCACAGCAGCAUACCUGCGCAUCCACGCGGUGAAGGACCAUGGGCUCCAGGCCCCGCGGGCUGACCGCAUCCUGUGCAAGCUGUGCAGCGUGCACUGCAAGACCCCUGCCCAGCUGGCCGGCCACAUGCAGACCCACCUGGGGGGGAACGCCCCCCCUGUCCCGGGAGACGCCCCCCAGCCACAGCCCGCCUGCUGAGGGGGACCCCUGCACCCACCAGGUACUGGUGAGGUUUGUCCCAUGGCGGCGGCGGCGGCAGCAGCAGCGGCGGCGGCGGCAGCGGUGGCGGCCCCUCCUACAGCUGUGGGCUCCCUCUCAGGGGCUGAGGGGGUGCCUGUGAGCUCUCAGCCACUUCCCUCCCAGCCCUGGUGAGCCCCACGUUGGUGGGGGAGCAGGGAGAGUGGAGGGAAGUCCCUUGGUACCCUCUCCUCUUCCCACCAACUCCUCGCUACUUCCCCCACCAACCAAGGAACCUCCAAAAGGAGAGGAGGAAGAAGACAUGUUUUCUUAGGAAAAUUCACUAGGUUUUAACGAUUUGUUUCUCCUGUUCCUCUCUUUUCCCUAUCAGACCUGACCCCACACACACUUGCCCCCUCCUCGGUUGUGUUGAAGUCCCCUGGACAGUGGGCAGGGGUGGCAGAGGACAGGAGUGGCCACUGCCCUCACCCCCUCUCCUCUCUGUAAACCCCUGCCCUCCCAGGGAUUUGAGAGCCUUGUCCCUCCAGGGUCCUUCUUACUCUCUUUCCAGUACCUCCCACCCCACUGUCUGCUGCCCCUCCCUGGGGAGUUGGUGCUUUUUUUUUUUUUUUUUUCCCAGGGGGAGGGAGGAGGGAAUCAAAGAUUCUGCCCCAGAUGGAACAAGACAAUAUUUGAGAAGGGGCAGAAACAGGGAAGGCAGAGGUUGUACCUUCAUAAGGUGGAGUUGUUUGGGGUCAGGCCCAGAACAUCACCCCUACUUGAGAAUCUAUCAGGGAAACAAAUAAGUUUAGGGGAGCAAAGGAAGGAGCCACUAGGGUCAGAGGCUAAGAAUCAGAUGGAAUCUUAAGGGGGCCAGGGGCCAGUGGGGGUCCAGGGGCUAGAGGUGCUUCCUGGGAGUGGGGGAGUACAGCUGCAGUGGCACCCCUUCCCUCUUCCACCCCAGCUCCAGCCCUGGCCUUUUGUUUUUUCAUCCCUCCUCCCCACUUCUGAAGCUGUGGCCCUGGCCAAGUCAUCGUGUCCCUGUGUCCCCUGCAUGUGCCCCACCCUCUUUCCUCCUCCCUUUGCGCGGACCCCAUUACAAUAAAUUUUAAAUAAAA